AGAAGCUUUUAAUUGUAAUGAUACAAAACACACUAUUUUUUAUAUCGUCUGAAAAUAAAAGAAACUGCCCGGAGAUUGUGGAACUUGUGACCACGGAAUGUGUUUCCUUCCAAGUAAAUACGCAGAACUUCGUUGGUGACGGCAUCAUCCAGUCAUUGUUGCUUAUCCUAUUUACUGUAACAGCAGACACACAAAACGGCAAUGGUCCUGUCCUAACUUUCCUUGAAAUAAUACUGUAUCAUUGUUAGUAUUUUUUACUAACUAUCCAAAGUUUAUUUAACAAUGGUAUAUUGCAUAUCACAAAGAUCAUUCAAGUACCAUCAAUAUAUGCUCACGAAAAUGAGUAAACCAGAAGAAGCAUAUCUGUGGAGCAAGGCUUUACAGCCGACGAACACCCGGCGGGCUUUUGAUUGUGUCGAGCGGGAAUUUAUCGGAAAGAAGGAUGACUCAAUAUCAUUAUGGUUCAUUUUCGCUAAGCGUGCUAUCCGACACUAUCUUUGUGGUACAGCCAACGCUACAGCCAUUUCCAAGGACUACAAGCGCAAUUCCGAUAAAAUGUCAACGACCGAUAACAACGAUAAUACCGACGCUACUGCCAAGACGCUGAAGUCCAUGGAGAUCAUAGGCAAGAAUUUCGGUGAAAUGCAAAGAGAGCUCGAACGCGUGAACAAGGAAAAAGUUGACGAUGAUACUCUGAUGGAUAUCUCAGUGUAUACCGCGUUAUACUUUAACUAUUGCACGGCAGAUCCAGAAUCUAAAUGUACCAAUGUUGGUUUCAAAGCUUUUCUCAAACAUAUGCUUUGCACACACGAUGAAACCAUUACCAAGUACAAAGGAUACGUCUGUUCUAAAGAGUAG